UUCUUCACUUUACUUAACUUGUUCUCCGUCCCUCAACUUAUCCCCCUUAUAACUUCUGCUGCUCACAAAAGAAAAUUAAUAAUAAUAAUAAUAACAAAACCAUUCACUUCACAACAAAUCGCCACCGUCUUCAACACCCACUCCCCAUCAUGGCCACCAUGAUUACCAAAAUGAUGAACACCUCCCCAGCCAUGUCCUCCUCCUCCUCCUCCUCCUCCUCCUCCUCAUCACCGCCACUGCCACCUGUACAAACUGUUCCCACUCAAUCUCCGCAAUCCCCUUCCCUUCCUCUCCGUACAAUCCCUGGAUCAUAUGGCUGGCCGUUGUUAGGACCCAUCUCAGAUCGGCUAGACUACUUCUGGUUUCAAGGUCCUGAAACCUUCUUCAGGAAACGCAUUGCCAAGUACAAUUCGACGGUGUUCCGUACAAAUAUGCCUCCAACCUUUCCUUUCUUUUCACGGGUAAAUCCAAACGUUGUGGCUGUUCUUGAUUGCAAGUCUUUUGCUCAUCUUUUUGAUAUGGAAAUCGUCGAGAAGAAAAACGUUCUUGUGGGUGAUUUCAUGCCGAGUACUAAGUUCACCGGAAAUAUUAGGACCGGCGCUUAUCUUGAUCCUUCUGAGCCUCAGCAUGCUAAGGUAAAAAAUUUUGCAAUGGACAUCUUGAAACGAGGCUCCAAGGUGUGGCUCACGGAACUUCUAGCCAACCUUGAUAUCCUUUGGGAAAACGUUGACAGUGACGUCUCAGAAAAAGGCAGUUCAAGCUACAUUUUCACUCUCCAGCAAAGCAUGUUCAAGUUCCUGAUUAAAUCGCUUGUUGGAGCUGACCCAUCAACCUCUCCUGAAAUUGAAAAGAAUGGGUACGCCAUGCUUGACCAGUGGUUGGCCCUCCAGCUCCUCCCCACCGUCCACAUCGGUGUUGCUCAGCCGCUCGUGGAAAUCUUUCUUCACUCUUUUGCCUACCCUUCUUUUCUUGUUUCUGGAGAUUACAACAAGUUGGCUCAGUUCAUCAGAAAAGAAGGCAAAGAAGUGAUACGGCGAGGUGAGUCCGAGUUUGGACUCAGUGAGGAAGAAACGAUUCAUAACCUUCUUUUUAUACUGGGUUUCAAUGCAUUUGGUGGCUUCUCUGUGUUUUUACCGGUUCUAAUAGGCACAGUUGCAAGCGACACCACUGGGUUACAAGAAAGACUACGCAAAGAAGCUAGAGAAAACGGCGGCCCGAGUUUAACUUUUGACUCGGUUAAAGAAAUGCCUCUCGUUCAAUCAGUGGUCUACGAGACAUUUCGACUCAACCCACCCGUUCCUCUCCAAUAUGCCCGAGCCAGGAAAGACUUUCAACUCAGUUCUCAUGACUCGGUAUAUGACAUCAAAAGGGGCGAGUUACUUUGUGGGUAUCAAACACUGGUUAUGAGAGACCCUAAGGUAUUUGAUGAACCGGAGAGUUUUAAACCGGACCGGUUCAUGGGCAAGGGAAGAGAGUUACUGAGUUACUUAUACUGGUCAAAUGGGCCGCAGACUGAUUCACCAAACGCGUCAAAUAAACAAUGUGCGGCUAAGGAUUACGUGACCCUCACUGCGUGUUUGAUUGUGGCCCACAUGUUUAGGAGGUAUGAUUCUAUUACUGGAAGUUCUAGUUCAAUCACAGCCGUUGAAAAAGCUAAGUGAUGAUGUGGCGGCGAACUUAUGUAACACAUAAAAGGACAGAGAUCUGUUGAAGGAAAGGACAGGGUAGGCCUGCAUGUAUUCAAUAAUUAAGGAUACGAUAAUACUGAUGAGCCCAUGUGCCUGGGCUUCUAGUCUCGACUGUGGUGUAAAAGAUGUCCGUUUCCCUUCUGUUUAGGAAAAAACAAUUAUUAAAGUCUACGCUAUGCUAUGAAUAUUAUAUUUUAAUA